AUGUUUACGGGAUUAGUCGAGGAGAUUGGCGUCGUCGCCGAGCUUAACCCCCACGACGAAACAGGCGGCACAUCCCUCACCAUCGCGCUGCCCGCGUCCUCCAAGCUGCUCGAGGGCGCUCUCCUCGGCGACAGCAUCUCCGUCAACGGCGUGUGUCUAACCGCGACCAACCUCAGCGCCACGGGCAACAACAACAACGGCGGCGGCCAGCCGUCCUUCACAGUCGGCAUCGCGCCCGAAACCCUGCGGCUGACGAACCUGGGCGACCUGGCCCAAGACUCGCCGGUCAACCUCGAGCGCGCGGUGCGCGCCGACACGCGCAUGGGCGGGCACUUCGUCCAGGGCCACGUGGAUACUACGGCGGACGUGGUGUCGGUGACGCCGGACGGCAACGCGCUGACGGUGCGGCUGGCGCCGCGGACGCUGGAGGCGCUCAAGUACGUGGUGCACAAGGGGUACGUGGCGGUGGACGGGACGAGCCUGACGGUGACGCGGGUGGACGACGCCGAGGGCUGGUUCGAGGUGAUGCUCAUCGCGUACACGCAGGAGAAGGUGGUGCUGGCGCGGAAGGCGGCGGGGGACUCGGUCAACUUGGAGGUGGACGUGCUGGCCAAGUACGCGGAGAAGAGCAUGGCGGGGUACUUGGGCGCGCAGGGCGAGUUGUUGGUUAAGCCCAUGCUGGAGGAGGUGGUGCGCAGUUUGGUGGCGCAGGCUAUGGGGGCGCAUUCGUGA